GCGACAGAAAGUUUGUCGUAGAAAGUGGCGCAUAAACUCGAGUAAUAAACCCCAUUAAAAUGUAGAAAUAUUUUUUUUGCGCCGAUAAUAGCAAAAUUUAAAAUCGUAAAGAAAACGGUGAUAAUCGCGUGUGUUAAAUGUGCUGCUCGUUUACGGAUAUAUGUUAUUGAACUUCAUGAAAAGACAGUCUCCACACAUCUCAUGGAGCCAUAUUUAUAAAAUUUCGAACCAAAUAGCUGUCAUUUAAUUACUAUUUCAAAUGAGAAAUGGGAUGGGCCAACAACUGCUUCCUUUGACGAUCAGCUUCCUCAAUCCAAGGUUUUACCAGAAUGGAUCCUGUUGGCCCAUGGUAUGCAUCAUACAACCGUUUGGCAGCGCAAGCUGCCGCCGGUGAGCAUCACCCUUUAGCGGCAGCAGCUGCAGCUGCUGCUGCUGCUUCUUCCACCACCACUGCAGGAUCAGCUGGAGCUGCUUCUGCAGCCGCUCCAACUACUGCUGUUUUGCCAGGUGGCUUUCUUUCGCCACCUCCUGUAGGCUAUGAAACUGUCUUUAGCCCACUUUUCCACGCAGCUGGUGCAGUAGCGGCUGGCGGAGCCAAGUCUCAUUAUGUCACACAGGUAACACAGCAUAGGGCUUUAGCAGCCCAGGCCGCAGCUGCUAAACAGUCGGCUGAAGGCAACGAAUUUCAUCCCCAAGCACAAGCCUUCUUUGAGCAAGGGGCACCUGCCUGGCAACAAAACAGUCCAUUUGGUAUUUUGCCACAUGAAAGUGUGGUUGCUACAACGACAAGCAAGGGGGUAGCAUAUGAAAAUUUCAAUGCUCACUUUGCUGUUGCCCAGCAGUCGAUAAAUAAUCAUAUAAAUUCACAGCUGGUUGCCAAUUCGAAGGCGGCAAAUAUUAAUCGGGCCCAAAGCCCACAGGUUUCCACAGCCACUAUCAAGGUAAACUCCUCGCAAGGAAAUUCAAGCACUUUUUUUCAGGUGCCAGUAACUCUUUCCGAAAAUAACAAUGCUAAACCCUUCACUUCCACAAAUACUUCCAAUCUACAACAAUCCUGCAUUGUUUCAUCACCAUCUACAACAAAGGAAUACCGAAUUCCACAAGCACCCAACCGUGCUUUUAUCAGCUCACCCAACCCACCAUCACGUACUAUUGAAAAAUCUUUUACCUCCCCCCCAAGCAAACCUCAAUCCACACCGCAAAUUCAAACCAAGGCGCAAACUAAAAUUUACUCAGAGUUGGGAAGCCAACGUGAACAACAACAACAGCAACAACGUAGCAAUGAAGAUAAUCAAAGCCAGUCUUCCCCCAUUAGUUUCUCUAUAAUGGAUGCCCCAGGACGUUUGAACUACUCUGGAAGUAAUGCCUCUGGGAAAAGGCCGCCGCAUUUCCAACAUAAUUACAGACAUUACCAACAGCAGCAGCCACCAAAUUCAAACUCUGAGGACUUUCAAAGACCUAAAAGUGGCCCAGAGUAUCCAAAUAGUUCCAAUGGCGCAGACUGCAAUGUUGUGGUUCCUCGUAGACCAAGUCCUCUCCAAGCACAUUCCCAAGCAUCACCGCUGGGUCAUGCCCAGAGCCCUGCCUACCCAAUGUAUAAUAGUCCUAUGAAUUCCAUGUCUUCGCCACAGCAAAAUUCCAGUAAUCAACAGGUUGCACCACCAUCACCCCUUGAUGUAUCAGUACCCAGACCUAAUUCUCAGACUGGUGGCAAUGUUGCCUAUCCAUCUGUUAUUACAAGAGCUUUAAACACAGAUAAAAAUUUUGAAAGAUACGAACAUACGAACCAAUCAAAUCCGCCAUCAAAUCAGGCUUGUUGGGAUGAAAGGCAGAAUCAACAGCAACAACAACAACAACAAAGAAAAUUUCAAGGCAGUCAGCCUAACUCUCAGUCGAAUAAUUACAACAACAAUAGUUCUAUAGAGCUGGCACAAAGACAGCCUGAAGGUCAACGGCAACAAUAUUUUGAUUCCAAUAGUGGUCACCAGGUUACUUUACAAGACUUAUCGAGUUGUCGGGGAGACCCCAUGAGUAUUGUGAAGAACCUGCAGCAACAACAAACAUGUCAAGUGCAACAGCCUGAGAUUAAACAAGAAAUUGUUAAACCUCCCGUAAAGAGAAGGAAAAGUGUGGAGAAAGCAGCGCCACCUCCACCCGAUGUACACGUUACAAAUCGAGUGCCUCCUCCAGCCCAUAGUUCUGGUGCCAAUCAGCAGCAGCAGAACGGUGUAUAUUUUGACUUUGAUAGAUGGAAUCUCCCUCCUCCUUCAUCAAAAAUAUUUAGCACCCAAGCUGCCUUACAUCAACAACACCAAGGCUUGAUGGUACCACAUCCUCAUGGACACCAUCCUCCCCCUCCGUUGCCAUACUUCGCCCCUUUUCAUAUAGCAAAUCAUCCUUCGGAGUUCUCUUCCACUGUUGAAUUGACACCAUUAACAAACUACAAUGAACAGCAACCACCUCAGCAGCCGCCUCAUCAACCGCAGCACCCGCCGCCACAGCCAUACCAGCAGCCAGAUGAUCAGCCUAAAGUAGUAGUUCCAAACAUAGAAGAGGAGCUUAAUUUUUUAUCUGGAGAUACAACACCUCGGUCGGCAAUAACUAUGAACCACCAGCAUCCCAAACAGGCCUCUGUCCCUCCAAAACCAUUAGACAAACCGUGUGGUCCAGGGGCUGGCUUCAUGAGCAGCUACCUUAAGUUCCUUCAGGGUGAAAGGGAUACUUCACCACCUCCCUCGAUGAGAGGAGGAGGUGCAGGUGCUAGAAAACAGACAACUACCGCAUGGACUCGAAAACCAACGGAAGAAACGGGUGUAAAACCGCCGCCUCAGCCGGGGGGUGUGAGCGGGCCCCCUGAUACUAAUGGCGUAGCAGGGGGCGUGCCAUUGCCAACAACAACUUUACCGCACUUGACUGGACCACCUCCUGGCCUAGUCACUAGGUUGACUACCAGUGGAGAUCCUCAAGAUGAUCCACGGUACUUUCCUUUGCCUAAAGAAAGAAAAAGAGACACGUUUGAUAGUUCAGACGACGGGUUUAGCUCGGAAGACGAUUUUUUCGGUGGAAGGAAACAAAUUCCAAAGUCGGCGGAGCCAACCAAGGAGAGGGACAAACCGUUGCAAAUGCCUUUGUCUAAACAACAAAAGCAUGGCAGGUCUUCCAAACCAGGCGGAGCGACGGAAAGAAAACGAGCCAAAGUGACGGAUAAGGACAAAACGCGAGAGUUUAGGGAGAAAAAUAAAAGGGACAAGAACAAAGAUAAAGCAAAACAAGUAGAAAAUGUGCCUAAAAGAGAACAGACCAAGCGUGCAGUGAAAGGCAAGAACAAUUUGUCGGACAUUAUUAAGGAUGAUAAUGAACCUGAGGAACCACCUGAGUUUCAGGACUCUGAAGAUUCUGAUCCCGCCUGGACACCUGCUGCUAGCAAUACUGAAGAGGAUGGUAUUCCUGUUAAGAAAAAAGGCAGGGGUAGACAAGGCGGUACGAAAACCAAAAAGGGAAUGAAAAACCUUAUUGCGGCCGCGGCGCAAGGUGCGGGCAUCAACGAUUCUGAUGGUUACCCCAGUGAACAGCCUAAGAAAAAACCAAGCCACAAGAACAAACAAAUAGUGCCCACCUUGGAAGACAAUAUCGCAGCCUCGAUGCAAAAUAGUUUCGUUGCUAAUGAUGACAAUCCUUUUAAGCCCGGUGAGUUUGUAGUUAUCAAAUCGGACUUAGGGCAAGAGUGGCCCCCGAUUUGGAGGGUGGAUGGUAAAACAUUGCUGCAAAAGUAUGAACCAUUUGAACAGAAUGGAGUUACACUUUACAGGAAUAUAUCAACAUACACCUCCUGGACGCCGGAAAGUAAGAAGCAAUAUGUGUCCGUCCCAGUGAAAUAUAAGUCACAGACGCAGCUGGAAACGAUAGUUGUGUUCCUCAAAGAGGAGAUGACGAUAAUCGACCCAAAAUUCCAGGAGCAGUGCAUGAAGCAAUGUGAAAGCUAUCAGGACAAUUUCGAAGUCUAUAUACAGACUCUAAUAUCACAAGCGCUUGACAGCAACUUCCUUAUGGAAAUUUUCCAGGAGAAAGAUGAAUAUUUCCUAACAAACGUCCAAACCAUUGACGAAAUUACCGACAUUAAAAAGCAAAAACUUCUCAGUCUGUUGAAAUGGCCUACGUCAUUACAAAUGGCGGUGUGCACGUGGCCUUGUUUCAACAUUAUUCGGGAAAUUGGGCAAGUCGAUGCUAGUACGAAGAUAUGCGCCGGGUGCGCCAAGAACUCGGUCGCUGUCAGAGUGCUAAUGUAUGGCCAGCCUUACAACGCGACUACGUUGGAAGGUUGUCAGCCGGAUCCCAAUGCCAUAAACGAGAAGGACUUUUUCAUGUGUAGAAUAUGUGCAAGUCGCGUAGAACUUUCGAGUAAAGUGAUACAUCAGAAAUAUCUUAUGUAUAUAGAGUGUGCGAAACGUGUUAGUGAAAAACGGUCUUCCGACCAAACCAAGGACACCACUUGUAUAUUAAAUGAACUAUUGGCGGACGAGAAUUGGCUGAAUCAGCUCUUCUUAGAGGUGCGUACAUUGUGGUCGGAAAUAGACUGUAUAGAACACAGUUAUAAAAUGAAAAACGUGUAUGCACAGUGAAAGUGAUUAAUUUUAAGCUGUUUAUUUCCAGUGAUGAACAUUUUGAAAUCAAAAUUGUGUAUAUUUCUUGAGAGUUUAUAUGAUAAAAGAAAAACGUAAUUUUAAUUACUAUACAUUGUAAUUGAAAUAUAGUGACUAGGAAUCAGUAUGCAUAUAAUGAAAAUAACGUAUAUAAUUUUUUUUAUUAGCAUGAUUGUUAAUACCAUUUUAUGCUGCGCAUUUUUAUGUUUCUUUGUGCUCUGAGUAUUGUUUCAAACGUGAUAUUCAUUAUUAAUAUAUAAGUUUUGUUAAUUUGUAAAUUAUCUGCAUUGGUUAUUUAUAAGGAGCACAAAAAAUCAUCAAAUAAGAAUAUUAUCAUUUCUA